CCCGCCCCUCUUUCGGAUCCACCGGACCGUCGGAGACGUCGCGACGAGGGAGAAGAGACGUACCUCGCGCGCGACCGACGACAGAGAGGUAGUGCCGCCGCGUCGACGUAUUGUUGUCCCGGCUGUGCUUCGGUUACGUGCGUGUGGUGCGUGCAUAGUGUGUGUGUGUGUGUGUGUACGCGGGAGCAGCCUCCUGCGACCGGCGCGAACGCAACCCAAGCGGCGUGUUAACAUACACCUCCUCGCAUCUCGUGAUCGCUGCUACUCCGCUCGGACGGCAGCAUAACCUCGGAAGCGUCGUGACGAUCGAGCGCGGCGCGCGCCGUCGUCGUCAUCGACACCCCGCCGCCGACAGGUUACACCGUUCUCUCUUCCAUCGUGAACGAGCGAGAGAGGCGGUGGCGCACGAUCAGAGGGAGGAAGAGGGCGAGGGAGAGCGCAACACGGGGCUCUCUCGCAGUCGCCGGGCGAGCGAAGCGCCCGGAGCUUACAGUGUGUGUGAUAGUUAUGGUUUCGCGGGUAGCGGUGGCCCUCGGUGAUAGAGACAGGCGUGAAGUGUGCUCGUGAGUGCCGCGCUCGGAGGGAGAUAUACACGGGCUGGCCGCGCGAGAGGAGGAGCAGACGUCGUCGUCGCUGCCGUCGUCAGUAUUGCCCCCGUCGCUGGCGAAAAAUUAUCGAGAAUAAACGAGGAGCUGCAGGAAGGAGGAGGAGAGAAACACGAGGAGAAGAAAAGGCGAGCAAAAGUGUAGGCUCGUUUGACAGAGACGAGGGAAGAAGGAUCGCCGGUCGCCGCGGCUGGCGGAGAGAGAGAGAGAGAAGGAAACGUCAGUCGGCCGAGGGAGAGCGGGCAGAGGACGCAGCGCGAGCGCGCCGCGCUAUCGAGACGAGCGGAACGGCGGAAUCGGGGGACGGCGAACGGCGGGAAUCGCGGAACGGGAGCAGCCGUGCGCGAACCGCGGGACACGAGGCGUUUUUUGAACGGCGGCGGACUCGUGACGGCGGCAGCGGGAUUGUAAACAACGACGACGCGGCUGCCGGUCGCACAGCAGCCACCCUCGGCAACUCACUGGCGGCGGAACGUCCGUCUCGUUCGCCUUCCCUUUCGAUCACCGCGACCAUUGGCACCACCACCACCACCACCACGACUCGAGAAGUCAACGGGCCCGGGCCGCUGGACGUGGAAGGGAAGAACGGUGAGGGCGAGUCGCGCGUUUCCUUCCCGUGGUGUGUCAUGGGGUGUUUCGGCAGCCAGAGCAGCAAGGCCAGCCAGGAUGACAGUAAAAAUCAGAAGAGACGAUCGGACGCCAUUACUAGACAGCUACAGAAGGACAAACAGGUCUACCGGGCCACCCACAGGCUACUCUUGCUCGGAGCGGGGGAGUCCGGCAAAAGUACCAUUGUCAAACAGAUGAGGAUACUGCACGUCAAUGGUUUCAGCGAAGCGGAAAAGCGGCAGAAGAUCGAAGACAUUAAGAAGAACAUUAGGGACGCCAUUUUGACGAUAACCAGUGCGAUGAACACGUUAACGCCACCCGUCACGCUGGAGGAUCCGUCGAAUCAAAGCAGAGUAGACUACGUCCUGGAAGUCUCGUCUUCCCCAGACUUCGAUUAUCCUUCGGAAUUCUACGAGAUCGUCGAAAAUCUCUGGAAAGACCGGGGCGUCCAGCAAAGCUUUGAGAGGAGUAACGAGUACCAACUCAUUGACUGCGCCAAAUAUUUUCUAGAUAAGGUAGCCAUCGUAAAACAGCCGGAUUAUACGCCCACGGAACAGGAUAUCCUGAGGUGUCGAGUCCUCACGUCCGGCAUUUUUGAGACGCGGUUUCAGGUCGACAAAGUCAACUUUCAUAUGUUCGACGUCGGCGGUCAGCGCGACGAGAGGAGAAAAUGGAUACAGUGCUUUAACGACGUUACGGCAAUUAUAUUUGUCACGGCGUGUAGUAGUUACAAUAUGGUACUCAGGGAAGACCCUACCAAGCUGAGACUCCGGGAGAGUCUCGAUCUCUUCAAAAGUAUUUGGAACAAUCGGUGGCUCCGCACGAUUUCUGUGAUCCUGUUUCUGAACAAGCAAGAUCUGUUGGCGGAAAAAGUCAAGGCGGGCAAGCAUAAAUUGGAAGAUUACUUUCCGGAAUUCGCGCGUUACCAGACACCGGUGGAGCCCGGGGUCGUCGCAGAUCCCACGGAACCUCCUGAUGUCAUACGGGCCAAGUACUUCAUCAGAGACGAAUUUCUCCGUAUAAGUACGGCGAGCGGUGAUGGCAAGCACUACUGUUACCCACACUUCACGUGCGCCGUCGACACGGAGAACAUCAAGAGAGUGUUCAACGAUUGCCGGGACAUCAUUCAGCGGAUGCACCUGCGCCAAUAUGAGCUCUUGUGACUUCGUUCCUGCCGACGUGUCCUGUCAUCCGUUUACCUGACCGUCACGCUCGUGCUGCACUUGGAGCCACUGCGAGCCGAAUGAGCCAGCCGUUACUGUGAAGAAGAAGAAGAAAAGGAAGAAAAAGAAGAAGAAGAUAAUCGCGACGACUGGCGAGUCCGCGCGAGGGCGUCGUACGAAGGUAGCGCGCGCGCGAUGGGCUCCUUCUUCGCCCCGAAAAUCCGGAGCAGCCAGCCGGUGUGACACAGCCAGAGGAGCCACGAGCCGCGUCCAAGGCGGACAGCGGUAACUGCGGAUCGAUCUCUCCUCGACGGCGUGGAUCGACAGGAGGAUCGCGAUCGUUGGACGGAAACGGCCCCCUCCCGGCCGUAUUCUCGAUCGCUCGACUCUCCUUUGAGUUCUAGAUGAAAGAGUGUGCUGAACGCGUUCCCCGAGCAUAUAUCGACGGGAACGGGGCAACUCUCUCUCUCUCUCUCUCUUUCUCUCUUUCUCUCUUUCUCUCCCUCUCUCUCUCUCUCUCUCUCGUCGUGUCUCGGUCGUUGUGUGUGGGAGGGACGAGGUGUCGCUUGUCGAUUCAUUUUGAUUAAUUCCUGUCGCGCGAAUCCCGUCGACGUAAUCACUGUCGCGAAUACACAACGCACCCGCGAGGUGGGCUCGAGUAACGACAUCACCGUUCAACACACUCUUGACGUGAAUUAUUAUUGUUCAGCUUUAGCGUUAAGGAUGUUUCCUAAGACAUAGACAAACCUCUCCGGUAGAGAAGAAGAAGAAAACACACA